AUUUAUCAAUUUGACAUUGUAUAAAUGUAAAAAUAAAAAAGAAUUUUUGUAACUAUUUUUUUCUGACAACUUUGGCUUCGAAAUUUAAAUUAAAAAAAAAAAAUGUCUGGUCGCAAAAAUUCUGGAGGGACUCGUUCAUAUGGAAGUAGAAAUUAUAAGAGUCGAGGUUCAUCGGCACCUCAAAGACAACCACAAAGAGGACGAUCUUACAGCACCGUUAGUUCAAAAGAUUCUUUAAAAUCAGCAGACACAAAAAAUAGAUUAACAGUAACAAAACCUGUGGAUAAUCAAAAUAAUAUUAAACAACCUUCUUCAAUGAAAAAUUUUAUUGCAUCAGCUGCAGGAGUUGCUGCAGGUUCUGCAGUAGGACAUGCAGUUGGAAAUACUAUGUCAAAAGCAAUAAAUUCUCCACAAGCAAUUGAAUCGACAUCAUCUAGAGGUGGUAUAGGAAUAUGUUCUACUGAAGUUCUUCAAUUUUUUCAAUGCGCCUCUCAAAACUCAAAUCUAGACACAUGCAAAGCUUUUCACAAUAUGAUGCUGGAAUGUCAUCAUCGUCAUCAGUUUCAUAAUUAAAUUAACUGCAAAAAUAAAAUUGCAGAAAAAAAAAGAAAAGAAAAAA